CCAACCUCAAUCUUCCCUCCUUCAAUUUCAAACCACUUCCCCUUGUCUUGCUAUCAUCUACACUUCAAAAGAGUUGACUCCCUUCCUUUUCAUAGGCUCCUUUUAGGUCCUGGAAGGCUGCAAUGAGGCCACCCUGCAGCCUUCUUUUCAAGUCGAGAUGUGAGUCACACAUACAGUGAAGAGGAUCCGUGGCUGUGUGUGCAAAUGGUUCUCAUCAGUAAAUAUGAAAAAGCAAAUAGUCCCUAAGUUCUGAGAGGAACAUCUCUCUGGAUGCAAUUCUUUUAACCAGAAUGGAAAUUAAAGUGAAUUUUCAGAUGCAUCUUGGUUAGAAAAUGCACAGAAUACUUGCUUGUCCUUGAGCUGUAGGCACUUUGGUAACUUUUCUUCUUUUCUGAAGGUUAGAAGCCAAACAUUUCUCCUGAAUUCACCCUAAGUUUCAACUGUGUGUUGUCAAUCCUGAACAUCAAGACCAGCUGUGCUUUUAAUUCUUGUCAUCCAUGUGGGAUGAUGUGCAGUGUGUUCACCUCAGUGAUCAGUGACGAGCAGAGGUCGGUGCCAAUACCUCCCACCAGUUCCCUGAGUGCAUUUAAACCUCCUAUUGCACUCCAGCUUCAGAUGGGUCUCCAACGGUCCUUCAAGACCAAAAGAGGGAGGCCAAAGUUCCUCAAGGGCUCCUGGGGUGGAUUCUGGUGCUCUGGCUGUGCCAAAGGGUAAUUUUUGGUAUCCCUGGCAAGCAGAGCUUAGAAACAAGGCUUCUUUGCUCCUGUAGGAUCUAGGAAUUAUUUUUCUUUGGCUUUGCUCAGCCUUGGCCACUGCUCAGCCUUGUGCCUGUCCAUGGUGAGAUCGACCCGGGGCUCUUCUCAUUCUCCUUUCUGUGUUUCUGAGGAGGUGAUGGGGUCUGGAUCCUUCCUGGGCUGCUGAGGACAAGGGAGGCAACAGCAGCUGGGAGUUUGCAACCUCUGGAGAACGGCGUUGCAUCGCUUUACUGGGAAUUGAUAAUGAGGGAUUGUAGUGAGGAAAGAAAACUCCCUUCAAAAGUAAAACCAAGUCCUACAGAAGCUGAUGGAGGCAGAUCUCAGUCUUUGCCAAGAGCCCCCUUUGAAGACCGUCAGGGAACACCCAGAAGAAGGCACGAAUUGGGCCAGAGAUCUCCACCAGCGAGAAGCGGCCAUCGCUGCGUGGCAGAUAAUGCCAAUUUGUACGUGUUUGGAGGCUACAAUCCUGACUACGAUGAGUCUGGUGGGCCAGAGAACGAAGACUACCCACUGUUCAGGGAGCUCUGGCGGUACAACUUUGCUACAGACACGUGGCACCAAAUGGGCACUGAGGGCUACAUGCCCAGGGAGCUGGCCUCCAUGUCACUUGUAUUGCAUGGCAACAACCUGCUUGUGUUUGGGGGCACUGGAAUCCCAUUUGGGGAAAGUAAUGGCAACGAUGUCCACGUCUGCAAUGUCAAGUACAAAAGAUGGGCCCUGCUCAGCUGCAGAGGAAAGAAACCCAAUCGGAUCUAUGGCCAGGCCAUGGCCAUCAUCAAUGGGUCUCUGUAUGUGUUUGGUGGAACAACUGGUUACAUUUACAGCACCGACCUGCAUAAACUAGACCUCAACACCAGAGAGUGGAUCCAACUGAAACCAAACAACAUGUCCUGCGACAUGCCAGAGGAGAGGUACAGGCAUGAAAUUGCACACGAUGGUCAAAGGAUUUAUAUCCUGGGAGGUGGAACUUCCUGGACAGCUUAUUCCCUAGAUAAGAUCCAUGCUUACAACCUUGAAACCAACACCUGGGAGGAAAUUGCCACAAAACCUCAUGAAAAAGUUGGCUUCCCAGCAGCUAGAAGAUGCCAUAGCUGUGUUCAGAUCAAAAAUGAUGUGUUUGUUUGUGGAGGCUACAAUGGAGAAGUGAUUCUGGGAGAUGUUUGGAAGCUGAAUCUGCAGACUUUCCAGUGGGUCAAGCUCCCAGCUGCCAUGCCUGAACCAGUGUAUUUUCACUGUGCUGCUGUCACACCGGCUGGCUGUAUGUACGUUCACGGAGGAGUGGUCAACAUCCAUGAAAACAAACGGACUGGCUCGCUGUUUAAAAUGUGGUUGGUGGUACCCAGCCUGCUGGAACUGUCGUGGGAGAAGCUCCUGGAGUAUUUCCCUCACUUAGCAACCCUCUCCAGAUCUCAGCUUUUGCACCUCGGACUGACGCAGGGACUCGUCGAGCGGCUAAAAUGAGAACCCCUGCUUGUGCCCCAGUCACACUACGUCCAGCAGCCCCUCCUCCCUCCCCUAUUUAUGGAUACUGUGGUUGGUCUUGCUAAGAACACAGAGGAACCUGCUCAACGCCUUACUCAGCAACUGCAUCGAUGCCUUUCUAGAAGUUUUUAAUUUGUUGGAAAUCCACUUUUUAUUUAUGGAGCUCUGAAUGGGAACUAACCCAUGCCAUCUAUCCGUUAUCAGCAUAUGCUUGCAACUUAACUGGGGGGGAGGGAGGACAGUGCUUAAUGAAUGUCUGAGAUCAUGCUUACCUGUGGUGCAUUUGACUUCGUACUUUCACAAGCUGCAUCUAACAAAGGACAGCCAACAUAGAAAAAUGCCUGCUGGGGGUGAUGCUCACGCCCCUGCUGCCCAGCCAAGCUCUCCCUCUCUAAAAACGGUGAGCUCUUGCAGCUGGAGGGCUUUAGUGUGUUAUGUGGGCUUCAAAGUAUGGCCACAACGCUGGAGGAAAGCAGUGAGCAAAGCUCCUGCUGCACAGCUGCUGUGGUGCAGUGAUUUGAAGUAGCCAUGGCUGUGCUCUUUGCCUUUUCACAGGGAAAGGUUUGCUUAAAGACUGCUUAAAAGCUGCCACUGAAUGGACUACUGUGUAGUUUAGUGGAGGUGGUGAGAAUGGAGUCUGCUGAACUCACCAACAGCUUGUGCCCUUGCUGUAAGGAGGGUGAAAAUUAGGCACUUUUCAGCACUGAAAUCCAUAUGCUGAUUUCUCCCUUCCCUGCCCUCAAGAACAUUUCCUUACCCUAUUAAAACCCUCCUCUUUGACUCAGUGCUGCACAGUGAGCACAAGGUCACAAAGAAUGUUCUGCUGCUUUUCCUAAAGAUGCAACUUUUCCUAAAAUACAAUUAUACAAUUGAAGCACUGCCCUCACAAAGCAUACAUCUCCCUUCUGGGGACUGAUGGAGCUUGUGGGGCAGUUAAGUCCCUCUCUGCAGCACCAUACUUCCAAGCAAGAUAACUACAGCAUUACUGCCAGAGCACACCCACCUCCUUAAAGGAGAAGGAGAGGAUCCAGUGUCUCCACCAGAUAUCAUGGAGGGGAACUUAGAGCUUCCUGGUGUGUUUGAGGCCAGCGCACACAAUGCAUGCAGAGAGCAUCACUCCCCAUCCAGCUGCUCACACUGGAGGACGUCCCCAUGGAGCAACACCUGCAUGGGGCUGUGGGGAAGGAGCUGCAUUGCCUGUAUUUAUGUGUCUGUCAGUGUUGAGCUUUGUUUGUUUUUUUUUGUUGUUUUUUUUUUUGUUCUUUUGUUUUUUUUUUUCCCUCCCCCCCUUUCAAAACGAUAAUAAACCCAUCCAGAUCA